AUGCCGACGAUCAAUCGUAGCACUGAUUAUACCAUUCGUGGUCCUAUGGGAAAUUUGCAUCUCAAUCCUAAAAAGUUUGUGAGAACACUUUAUGCUAUUCCCUUCAAUGUUGAGAAUAGCAGUUCUGAAUCAUCUUUAGACAUUUCUUACAUCACUCCUAACCUAUUAGUUUGCUCAUAUCCUGUUACCAAGUAUCCAAAAUUGCUUUACCGUAAUGGUUUGGAUGAAAUUGUUGAAUAUUUGAAUAAACACCACGGAAAGGGAACUUGGAAAAUAUUUAACUUCAAAGUCGAAAAGAACGGUUCUGACUAUGACGAUAUUGACAUUAAAAAUGCUGAUGAUAAGACAUUAUAUUUUCCAAAUUACCAAAGGCCAAGCUCAACAAGCUGUAGGGGACAAAGAACCACAACUUUAAAUGGGAUUAAUUCUCUAAUCUGUAGGAAGGGAUGGUUGGAUCAUUGCCCUCCACCAUUUCUGUUAUUACAGGAAAUAAUCGAUGACAUGAAUCUACAUAUUUCGCAAUCUGAAAGCAAUGUCGCUAUUCUUCAUUGUCGUAUGGGGAAAGGAAGAUCAGGAACAAUCAGCAUUGCUUACAUGAUGAAAUACAUGAACUGUCCAUUCGAAGAGGCCAAAGAACUCUUUAUGGAAAAACGAUUUAGAAUGGGAUUAAGCAAAGGGGUGACUAUUAACUCUCAAAUUAGAUACAUAAGAUAUCAUGAAUUGUCUCUGUACUACGGUAUAAAUUGCAAUAGCAUGAUAGUAGAUCAAAUAAAGAUGUCACGGUUCCAACUUGAGUCCAUAACGCUGCAAGCAAUGUCGGGAAUACUCUUCUCUCAUCCGUAUUAUACUGCCGUGAAGAUUUCAAAGUAUAAUAAUAACAGAGACGGCUUAAUAGACCUUAUUUCAGUGCAAACACCCGAACAAGUAUCAACCACCAAGGCAUUAUAUUUUAAGAAUAGUAAGAAUAUUACCAUAGAUAUCAAUGUGCCUGUUGAAGUGAGUGAUAUCAAAAUAGAAUUUUCACUAGUAGCUCGAUCCCAUGCAAUGUCUCACAGAAUAACCACAUUAGCAUCAAACUCGAAUUGCUGGCUCAACCUUUACUGGGAAACAGUGAGAUGUAGUAAGACAAACUCAACAAAUAACUUCUUACUGAAUGAACUGCGCCAUGAACAAAACAAUGGCCUGAAAUUUAUUUUUAUAAUCCGUUGGAAUGAAUUAGAUGGCACUUCUGGAACCCGGAGUAAAGGCUUACGCCUCUUCUCAUCGUGCAUUCUGAAAUGGUCUUUAUUGUGA